UAUCAAUCAGAUCGAAAUAUACAAGUAGUAGUCGGGAACCAAACCUGUCAUCCACCUUUCUCAAUUCAACAACGCUCUGUCUUCUUCUAUAUGCGCUUUCAUAAUCCGCACUAAAGCAGCACCAACGAAUGAAGCAGAAACAGGGGUCUCUUCUGUUGUUGCCGGUUGAAUUCUUGGGUAACUGUCAUCCUUAACUGCUGCCAUGGCCACCUCUUCUUGCUUUGCCCUCCCUCGAAUCUCCAUUCAUCCCGAGCUCAAACACCCAAGAUUGGCUUCAAGGAUUGCAGGCGAGGUCCGGGGAAAUGGGAGCUCAAUUGUUGCUCUUAGAACUGCAAACUACAGACUUAUAUGCCGAGUUGGGGAAACAGUAGGGAAGCCGAGAAACUACUGCAGCUUUCUUGGGGGAUCGAGGGCCCUCAUUCUACCUGUGGUUGGAAAGAAAUGCCUGCACAGAACAAGCUUAGCGGUGUCUGCAUCAUUGUUGCCAGCUUCUCAAAUUGCUAGCAGCGCUUUUACUUGGGGAACCAUAGCUGUUCUUCCAUUUUAUACUCUCAUGGUUGUGGCGCCCAGAGCUGAGUUGACCAAAAACUUAAUGGAAAGUGGCAUACCUUUUAUUGCGCUUGGACUAUUGUACGGCUAUCUUCUAUAUCUCUCUUGGACGCCUGAUACGAUACGGCUGAUGUUUGCUAGCCAAUACUUGCUGCCAGAGCUUCCAGGUAUAGCUAGGAUGUUUGCCAAUGAGAUGACAUUAGCUUCUGCAUGGAUCCAUCUCUUGGCUGUGGAUCUUUUUGCUGCAAGGCAAGUAUACCAAGAUGGACUGCAGAAUGAUGUGGAGAUCCGGCAUUCGGUGUCGCUAUGCUUGCUCUUUUGCCCCAUUGGAAUUCUUGUUCAUUUCAUAACCAAAGCUCUAACCAGAAAUCCUGAGAAAAAGGAAAGCACAAUUCAUUAACAGAUGAACAAUUCAUUUUUACAGCAUUGUUGCCUAGCAGUUGCUAGUUGUAGCUCUCAGCUCAGUGUUGUAUAAUUGCUUCAAUGGAGACAUUUUAGAGCUAUACAACCUCUCUCUCUCUCUCUCUCUCUUUA